GACAGGCUGGAAAAUCCCCCAAGCCCCGUCCUAGGGCCGCAUAUAAACCCCGGGGAGCCUCAGGCCUAAGAGGUGAGCCUCAGAAGCUGGGGGGUGGGGUACAAGCACGGUGCCUUCUGUACCCUCAGCCCAGUCACUCUGCUGCUGGCACAGCCCCAGGCCGAGCAUGGACAAGCUGCUGCUUUGGGUCUCUGCCCUGGCCAACCUCCUGGGAGUCUUUGCUCACACGGACCUCAGUGGGAAGGUGUUUGUGUUCCCUCGAGAAUCUUCUAUUGCCUGUGUGACCCUGACCCCAAAGCUGGAGGACCCUCUGAAGAACUCCACCUUGUGCUUCUGAGCCUACGGUGACCUGCUCCGUACCCACAGCCGCUCCUACAACGCCCCGGGCAAGGACAGUGGGCUCCUGGUCUUCAAGGACAAAGUCGGGAGUUGCUCCCUGUACAUCGGAAGAACCAAAGCCACCUUCAAAGUGACCGAGACGGCCCCCAGCCCCGUGCACAUCUGUACCAGCUGGGAGCCCUCCACUGGCAUCACCGAGUUUUGGGUCAAUGGGAAGCCGCUGGUGAAAAAGGGUCUGAAGCAGGGUUACACGGUAGGAGGUCACCCCAAGAUGGUCCUGGAUGCCUACGGAGGGGGGUUUCAGAAGGCCCAGUCCUUGGUGGGGGAGAUCGGGGGCUCGUACACGUGGGACUCCGUGCUGUCCCCAGAGCAGAUCCUACUGGUGCAACAGGGCUCCCACCUGAAUCCCAACGUCCUGGGCUGGUGUGUGCUGACCGAUGAGCUGAAAGGGCACGUCGUCAUCAAGCCCCUGGUGUGGGGCUGAGCCCGACUCAACAAGAGCACUCGAACACGACCCAGGCGCGAGGAACCCGCUCAAGGCCGCCGCCUGUGAGAUCCCACUACCUGUGGCUCUUGCUUUUUUCAAUUUCCCCGUCUGCACGCUGCCGAGUAAAACAAGUAUGUUGCAUUGUGCCGCCUGCUUCCGGGGGGUACUUGUUGCAAUCUCCAGCACUCUCUGAUCCGCUUGUUUGGAAGUCAGUGCGUUCUUCUGGAGCACAAGCAGGGUGCAGAGUGGGGGGAGGGGCAGCUGUGACUAAAAGGAUGGGUCACCACACCCGCCCGAGGCUCAGGGAGCGGCGCAGGGGCGAUCCUCACCAGCUCCGCGUCAUUCUGUCAGCUCCAGAUGUGUGCAAAAUUCCGCCAGGAACCCAGUUUGGUUUUCCAGCAAAUGCAAGAGAGAU